AUGGUGGGGCCCUUCAUGGGAGAUCCGUUGAUGUGGCUGAUGGGGGCGAACGUGGCCGUCUUCGGCUGCUGGCACGUCCUCCACCCGAGUUUCAUGAGAAAGCACUUCUUGCUGUCGGAGCAGAACAUCAAGGCGAAGCGGUACCACACGGUGAUCACGUCGGCCUUCAGCCACAACGACCUCUCGCACCUCGGCGCCAACAUGUUUGCCCUGUUCUUCAUGGGGCGCUUCCUGGCCAGCUAUUCGCCGCAAGUCCUCCUGAUGACGUACUUCGCCUGCGGCGUGGGCGGCUCCCUCGUGUUCCUGGUCCACCAGCGCAUGCAGCGGCGCGGCUUGUGGGAGAUGUACACCCGGCCGUACGGCAGCUCUGCGCUGGGCGCGAGCGGCGCGGUGAACGGCAUCUCGACUGCCGUCGCCGUGCUGGCGCCGAUGAGUCAGAUCCUGUUGUUCCCCCUCCCCGUCCCGAUGCCGCUCUUCGUCGCCACCGCGCUCAUCAUGUCGCGGGACCUGUGGGGGAUGUACGACGGCAAGGGCAGCAACGUUGCCCACUCGGCACACAUCGGUGGCGCCGCGGUGGGGGCUGCGCUCGGGCUGCUGCUGCGCGCCCGCGUGCUUUGA